AUGUUGUUCUCCAUGCUCCUGGCCGGCGCCUCCUUGGCUGCCUCUGCUGCUGCUGCUGCUAAGCCCACCAAGAAGCCCUUUGACUUUCUUGUGACCUUUGGCGACAGCUAUACGGACAACGGCCGUUUGGGAUACUAUAUGGGCAACGGCGGCAACCCUCCCCCGCCCGGCCAGCUUCACGGCGAGAGCGACGUGACCGCCAGCGGUGGUCUGACCUGGAACCAGUAUGCCAGCCGUCAAGUCGGGGCCAAGCUUGUCGACUACGCCGUCAGCGGCGCAACCUGCUCCAACCAGGUCAUCUCGCGGUACUUCAGCGCCAUCAACAAGGACUUCCCAGCUGUCUUGGAUGACGAGAUCCCUUCCUUCGUCGCCGAUACUGCGUACAGGUCCAUCUUCCCCAACAGGACCGCCGACAACACCGUCUACGCCCUUUGGAUCGGAACCAACGAUCUCGGUGGCGAUGCCUUCUUGACCGAGAACCAACACCCCGGCAAGACCCUUACUGACUUCUCCGAGUGCAUCUGGACUGUUUUCGACACCAUCUACAAGUCCGGUGGCCGUCGUUUCGUCCUGCUGAACUUGGCGCCUUUGCACCUGGCGCCUCUCUAUGCCACCCUUGAGAACGGUGGCUUCUCGGGAGCCAGCCAGUUCUGGGCCGGCAAGUCGCAGUACAACGUCACGGAGAGGAGCGAGAAGAUCAAGGAGUACAGCACCACCCUCAACACCGUCUUCAGCUAUGGCGCUGCCGUCAACACCAGGCUCAAGUCGCGUUGGCCCAAGGCUACCUUUGAUCUCUUUGACGUCCACAGCCUCUUGACUGACGUCCACGAGAACCCUGCCGCGUACCUGGACGCUCCUCACAACAGCACCGGAUACUUCCACCACUGCUCGGCUUCCGGUGGCGACUGCGUUGACCAGACCAGCCUUGGCCCGUUGAGCGGUUUCAUGUGGUAUGACGAGUUGCACCCUUCCACCAAGACCGAUUCCGUCAUUGCUAAGCACUUCCUCGAUGUUGUUGCUGGGCAGUCCAAGUAUGGCACUCGUUACUACGACUAA